AUGCAAGAUGAGUUGGACGCGCUCAAAAACUUCGUUGCCGAGUGCCGUGUGCACCAAGAUGUAGGUCCCCCCUCCCUUUCCUAUGCUUUGGCGAUUAUCGCCCCCGGUGGUCCAGCGUUCACUGUAGGAAAACCCACGUCCACCAUCGACAUUAAUUUGUUCCACGCUUCCACCGGCCACGUGAAUGAAUUUUUGAUGCGGGAAACCGCCAAGCAGCAGGGUGUUCAAUUGGUGGGGGAACUGCAGCCAUGCGUCGGCUGCAUCGAGGCGAAGGGCAGGAGGGCCCCGGUGCCGCGGCGUGGAGUCACCCGCGCGGCGGUACCGUUCGGCAAGGUGCACAUCGACAUCACCGGCCCGUACUCUGAGGCGUUCGAUGGUUCCCGUUACCUGAUUAUGUUCGUGGACAGUGCGUCGCGGUGGCAACGGGCGAAUGGCAUGCGGGCCAAGAGCUACACCCUGACGUACACGCGGCGUUUCCUCGCCGACCUGAACGGCAACGGCCCUCUGGGGUGUUUCCGCAUGGACAACGCGGGGGAGUUCACGAGUGCUGCCUUCGUCGCGUUCUGCGACGCCGCUGGCAUCCGGCGCGAGUACACCGCGCCCGACACCCCGAAGCAGAAUGCGGUCGUGGAAAGCGCCAUCUGGCGAGCCAUGAAGGGGGGCCACGCCGCCCGCCGCCAUGUCCUCUCCAUGGGCCACUUCGACCUCGCAUUAUCCCCGGUAUGGACGCCAACGGACACCGGCUGUGGCUUGCAUCGGCGNAGGGUGUUUCCGCAUGGACAACGCCGGGGAGUUCACGAGUGCUGCCUUCGUCGCGUUCAGUGA